AUGUUCAUCGUAUUGAUUGCCGUUUUUAUGGCCAUUCGGGUUUAUAUCAGGGGUUACCUCUUGAGAGGAUGGCAACUCGACGACUCUGUGUUCAUGUGGUCUUCGAUGCUCGUGAUUGUCCAAGGAGCCAUGGUACUAUGCAAUGUAGUGUAUGGUAGUCUUGGGCUGCACCUUUGGAGAUCAACAUUUGAUCAGAUACAGCAAAAUCCUCGUUACUUGGUUACAACAGUCCUUAUGUACCAAUUAUCUUUCGGUUUCAUUAAAGCAACGUUUUUACUGCAGUUCCGCCGAGCAUUCGCUCUGCCUCACAUAAUAUUGUUCUGCGACAUCUUCCUGGGCAUCAUGUUCCUAGCACUCAUAGGAUUGCUCAUCUUCGGCGGAAUCGUUAUGCGAGAUUUUCUGAAGCCGGGGUAUGUCCCUUCGCCUGGGGAAAAGGCAUACCUGAUAUUUGGCUACGUCAACGCCGCCGUACAUCUCUCGACGGAUAUCGUCAUUUUCAUACUGCCGCUGGCACUUGUGGGACAGAUGCGCCUUGCAGCAAUGCAAAAAGCUGGUCUAAUCUCCAGUUUUGGGGUGGGAAUCUUCACCAGCGCGAUCUCCGUGCUGAGAAUAGUCAGCCUGCCUCUUGCUACCAGCGGGAUCGAUGGGUUCUACCAAGCCGUGCCGCUCGUUCUCCUAAGUAUGGCCGAGCCAACGUCUGCAGUCAUUUGCGCAUGUGUGCCGAUUAUGCGGCCCUUGUUAGCAUGCUCGGGAACCUCCAGGUAUGGCAGCCAAGGAUCGCAAAGACCUCUCUCAGGAGCAGCCAACGAAUCGGCCGGACAAAAACGUCAGACACCGAGCGCGCCUCCUCAAUCGCCCACCAGCACGACAAGUCAAUCCGUAACGCAAAUGACAUACAAAUCGACUAUUACAGGGAGUAUAGAUGGAGAUUUGGAAGGAUACACUUCAAGCCAACAGGCCAGGGGUAGCAUCAAUACAUUGAACCCACUGUCCAAGCACCCAUCAUCUCCCACCAAAACGGCACAAUUUCCAUGA